ACUUCAUUUUGAUCAGGCACCGCCCGGACAGCUGUAGACACUCAGGGGGUCCUUCCAUCGUCAACACCGGAGCAGCACGCUUACGAAGUCAGGAUGGGUCGCUCCUCCAAAGACAAGCGGGAUAUUUACUAUCGUCUGGCCAAAGAGGAGGGCUGGAGGGCACGGAGCGCCUUCAAGCUACUGCAGCUUGACGAAGAGUUCAACCUGUUCUCAGGUGUGAACAGAGCGGUGGAUCUGUGUGCAGCACCUGGCAGUUGGAGUCAGGUCCUCAGUCGGAAACUCAGAGGGGAGGAGGAGAAGGGUGUGAAGGGUGAGGGAGACGAGGAGGUGAAGAUCGUGGCAGUGGACCUGCAGGCCAUGGCUCCUCUGCCAGGAGUCACUCAGAUUCAGGGAGACAUCACCAAGGUGUCGACAGCUCAGGAGAUCAUCCGUCACUUUGAGGGUCAGCCGGCCGACCUGGUGGUGUGUGACGGAGCUCCGGAUGUUACCGGUCUACACGAUGUGGAUGAGUACAUCCAGGCUCAGCUCCUAUUGGCUGCUCUGAACAUCACAACACACGUCCUGAAACCUGGAGGCACGUUUGUGGCUAAAAUCUUCAGAGGAAAAGACGUGACUCUGCUGUACUCCCAGCUGAAGAUCUUCUUCAGUGGUGUGACCUGCGCCAAGCCUCGCAGCAGCAGGAACUCCAGCAUUGAGGCCUUCGUGGUGUGUCAGAAUUACUCUCCUCCUGAAGGUUACGUCCCCAACAUGUCCAACCCUCUGCUCGACCAUUGCUACGAUGUGGAUUUUAACCAGUUAGAGGGGCCAAACCGUGUCAUCGUUCCCUUCCUGGCGUGUGGCGACCUCAGCGCCUUCGACUCGGACAGAACCUACCCUCUACAGCUGGAAGCGGGUAAACAGUAUCAGUACACCCCACCCACCCAGCCGCCCAUACGGCCCCCCUACCAACAGGCCUGCCACCUCCGCAAAAACAACCUGCUUUCCAGAGAGGAUGCUCCGUCUGCUUUCCCAAUCAGAGUCAAGAUGAGACAGAGCAACAAACUGAGUCCACCUGAUCCCUCUGACUGUCCUGAUCUGUGGAACAAACACAGGGAAUCUUCUUGGACCAAGGGAAAGACUUCUUUCUGGCCUAUGAGAUGGUGGAUGUGGAUCCAGCACAAUCCAGCUUAGUACAAAGACUAGAAGCAUGUGUAACCUGUUUCUUCCUUCAUCCUGUCUGUCUCCUCAGCAACGCUUUACAUGCAGUGGACCUCAGUUUUUAUCAAUCAGUCGUAUGUUUUUAUCAUUUCCUCUGGUUUAAUGGGGAGUGUUUGGUGACGGAGCCGUCAGGAAUCAGAGGUUCACAUUUUAUAUUUGAAAAUGAAAGUAAUUUCUUGGGAGGAAAAAACGACAUUGUGGUUUACUUACAUUAAUAAAACUAAGAACAUAAAAUC